GCUAGGAAGGAAAUUAUAAUCAAGACAGUUAGCCAAGCUCUACCAAAAUACGCUACGAGCGUUUUCCUUCUCCCUCUUAAGUUCUGUAAGGAACUUUGCUCAACUCUUUUUGGUGGGGCUCGAGAAAGAAUGAUCGAAGAGGACUAAUAUGAAGGAAAUGGUAGAGGUUGUGCAUGAAGAAAUCUAAUGGAGGCUUGAGCUUUAAACGGUUGCAUGAGUUUAAUCUCUCUAUGUUGGGUAGGCAAAGUUGAGAAUGCUGACUGCUCUAGAUAGUUUGAUGGCUAGAGUAUACAAGGCCCAUUAUUUUUCAAGAUACUCCUUUCUUGAAGCUUAUAUGGGUACAGUUUUAUAUGGCGUAACAUCUUUUUUGCUCAAGACUUAUUGAGGAAUAGAUGUCAAUAGCGAGUGGGAAGCGGACACAAGAUCUCGGUAUGGACAAAGCCAUGGCUACCUAAUGUCCAAAAUCCUAAAGUGGAAUCUGUCACUAUACUAGGGAACUUGCUUGGAUGUUCUUCCCACCUGUUCGAAUAUGGUGAAAAGACGACUUGAGUGGUGCAGUGGGAUCCUUUUGGGAAUGGGUAUGUGCAUGCUUAGAGAAAUUCUCAAAGGAUGAUUGUUUUCAUAUAGCAAUGAUUUGCUGGAGUAUCUGGUUUCACCGAAAUGAAGCAGUAUUGAGAGGAGCAAAUUGUUCAAGAUAAGCAUCUUAUGGACAAGUCUUACUUCUAUGAACCAAUGGAGAGUCGCUCGGUCUAAACUAUUUUGCCUGCAAUCUCAAAAUGGUAAUAUUGCUCUUUUCGUUAUGGUUUGGAACACGCCAUCCCUUGGUAGUAUGAAGGUUAACAUGGAUGCGACAAUCUUUUCUAAUCCUGACAGCAUGGGUGUAGGUUGUGUGAUGAAGGAUCAUGCUGGAUUGUUCGUCUGUGCUAUGGCUGUCUCCUUUGCAGGUGCUUAUAUUCCGGAAAUAGCAGAAGGUUUGGCGAUUCAGGAAGCUCUCAGUUGGGCUCGAGAUAGACAACUCUUAAAUGUGGUCUUUGAACUUGAUUGUUUGCACAUCGUUGAGGCCCUACUUCGAAAAGGGACUGAUAGAUCUUCUCUAGGUCUGAUUAUUAAGGAUUGUAAACUUUUGAGUUCUUCUAUUAGCAAUUGUUCUUUUGCUUUUGUUAAAAGAUCUAGGAAUGAGGUUGCCCAUAAACUUGCUAGGGUGUCUAAUUCUUAGUCAAGUCUUAAGUGUUGAGAAUUUACUCCCCCCUGAUUGUAUUAUUUCUAUUCUCGUCA